AGAAUAAAUACCUGGAAGCGCAAUGGAUCCUCUGAGGGCGCAGCAGCUGGCAGCUGAGCUGGAAGUGGAGAUGAUGGCCGAUAUGUACAACAGAAUGACCAGCGCUUGCCAUCGCAAAUGUGUGCCUCCACACUACAAGGAGGCGGAGCUGUCCAAGGGGGAGUCGGUGUGCCUGGAUCGUUGCGUUGCCAAGUAUCUGGACAUCCAUGAGCGCAUGGGCAAGAAACUGACCGAGCUCUCGAUGCAGGAUGAAGAGCUGAUGAAGAGGAUGCAGCAGGGGGCUGGGCCAGCAUAAGCCGCUUCCCGCUGAUAAAGGACAGCCGGCCUCUACUGCCACCUCCUCUCCCCACGUCGUGCCUGAUCUCCGUGCUGAUUUUCCCUUUGCCAAUAAAAUGUUAAGGUUGCAUCACCUCUGCUGACUGCUAAGUUUGCCAGAGCUUUGCCUUCCUGGGAUUAGACCUACCAGGUGAAUAGGGACAAGUGAAGAGUCCCCUGUGAGUGGAGACAGUCUGGCCUCGGCUUGUCAGAAUGUCCUUUCAGCAGGAAGUGAAAUGCCUCAAGCCUCCUGGCGCUCGCGGGGAGGGAGGGAGGGAGGGCUAUAAAUCUCAUAAUACAUAAAUAAAUAAACAAAGUCCUCAAAUGUGACUUUUCUUAGGCAAAAUCCAAUUCUGCCGGAGAUGUGCAGAGAAACUGCCCUCCCCCCAUUCAGUCCAUAAACUACUUCUGGGCACCUUAUUGCAAGUUUGAUGUAGGAAUAACUAGAAGGUGUCAUCACCUACAUCACAUAAGGAUGUUAGACAAUCAUGGGGAGUUAUGCCAGCCGGAAAAUAACUCAUAAAGAGUAAAGAUCAUUUGCAGAAGAGCAUACAACUUGCCAAUUAUUUACUGCUUGCUGUAAGAUGCAUGAGAUAAGGUCUAUAAAUAGUCACCAUGCUGCAAGAUUAAUAACAGAUGCUUGGAGCUAGAUUCUGUUACAAAUGCUAUUGGCCAAAUAGCAUUACAGUUGGACGUCAGUCUUGGAGCAGAUGUUAAGUAGACGUGGCAAACAAAAUAAUGGAUGUGAACUAAAUUUGUAUCUGUUAUCUUGUAUACAUGUUGUAGACUUAUUGAUUUGCUUCAGCAAGGAGGAUAAGCUGGUAGAAGUAGCUUCUGUCUUCCGUUUGUUCUUGCAUGAAUCCAGUCAAGGCAGAGGGGUGAAACGGCUAGAGUGUCAGACUGUGAUCUGGGAGACCCCGGUUCAAAUCCCCACUCUGCCAUAAUAGAAGCUUGCUGGGUGGCCUUGGGCCAGUCACAUGCACUCAGCCUGUCUCAGAAGGAAGCGGAGGAGACUGAUUGUAAGUUGCUUUGGGUCCCAGCGGAGGAGAAAGGCAGGGUAUGAGUGAAGUAAAUAAAUGAAUGUGUGGCAUGGCGUGAGAAUCGACUGCAGUGCAUAUGGGGUGUGCAUCUGGCUUGGAGUGCCAUGUGGGUUACGCAUUCUGGACGGAAGGAUGCGUUUCUAUCCCUAUCUGUUGGUCUCAGCAGAACAACUUGCUUUUGAUCUCUCAAACAACUGAGGUGGUCCCCUGGGAAAGACAGAAAUCCUACAUCAUAUGCCCAAAUGGGGGUGCUCCAAGUUAGGGAGAAUUGAGUAUUAGAAAAACUCAGCCACUGAAUCAUCUCAUAUUUGAUUGGAGUGCAAUACCACACUACCCUGCAGGCUGUUCCUAUUAGUGCAGCAACUUUCACUUUGAAAACUGAGAAAUGAGCAUUUAAGUAAGCCCCUUGUUCCUGGCUGGGACUAAGAAUUAAGCUGGUUGCAGUAGUUUCAGUAGACACCCAGCAGGGGGAACUGAAGCCUGCUACAUGGGCAGUUUUUGCAGCAUCACAUGUCAUGUACGGGGGCCAAGGUCUUGCAACAGUUUGAGAGAAAACAGAAAGAGGAGUAGAUGCUGUCACAGGGAUAAGGAUAAAUAGCAGUCAUGCUUCUGGCAAGAGUGAAGUACACAGAAAUCUGAUUUAGUGUGCCCUGAGAAGAAACCAGGUAUUUAUUUAUUUAUUUAUUCGAGUUAUACCCCACUGAAGCAGGCUCAGGCAUACUGGAAUAUUUAAUAUGUGGCUACUGAUAAAAAAAUACUGACAAACCAGCAAGUGAUUUGCCAGCCUUCACUUCAUCCAGAAACAGAUACUGUAAGUCAAAGCUGCUGUUUUGAUGUGCUUAUUAAACCAUAUUCUUU